CAGGUUUACUACUUGCACGUUUAUCGUAAGAUUUGGAACUGGCUUACUGUCCUUUUCCUCGCAGUGAAUAUCGUCAUGAUGUUGAUCGGAUCUACUUGUUUGGUAUUGAGAAAGAGAACAACCUUCGCAACAAUCACAUUGUGCUCAGUUGUCUUUUUUCAGGGUAUUUUUUAUGGUUUAAUGUUUGAUAGCCAGUUUAUUUUGAGAAAUUUGUCUGUGAUUGGCGGUUUGAUUUUGGCUUACUCUGAUUCUCUUGUGAGGGAUAAGAGAUCAUUGACUAUGCCAGGUUUACCAAUGCUUAAUAACCAAGACAACAAGAAGUAUUUUUUGUUGGCAGGUAGGUUUUUGAUGAUUUUCUUGUUCUUGGGAUUCGUGUUCUCUGCCAACUGGUCUUUCACAAGAGUAUUCGUCAUCUUAUGUGGCCUUGUCGCGUGUGUCUCGAUCGUUAUUGGCUUCAAAACUAAGCUUGCUGCAUUCGUAUUGACUUCAGAAUUGUUUAUCUACAACUUGUUCGUCAAUCAGUUUUGGAAGUACCUGUCUCACAACGCAAACAGAGACUUCUUGAAAUAUGAAUUUUUUCAAACUUUGUCAAUUGUGGGUGGUCUUUUGAUCAUUGUCAAUGCCGGUGCCGGUGAGUUAUCCAUUGACGAGAAGAAGAAAAUUUACUAAGUUGGAAAAGAAAACCAGAGGAAUGGAGAACUGUCGCCCUGUCAAAAAUAACAAGGUCAUAGUUGACAUGAUCUCUGAUCUGAUGGCAAGGCUAUUCAGCUGUCUCCAGCGCGCACCCGUGCAUCGACACGAAAAAAGUGUAUGACAGCUUGUUGCGACGAAGAUGUACGAUCGGAACAGA